AUGGCCAACUCAACCACCAUUGAUGACGCCACUGGCCCAUCAUUCUCAGCCAAGAACAAAAAAUCAAUCUCUACCACCCUUGGCGUUGCUUUAUCAUCAUCUAGCUCAAUCGAAGGAAAGGAAGUUGAAGCAACAGCCAAAGCAAAGUCCAACAUAGAUGAGGUGGAGAAAUCACAUGAGUCCAAUGGAACAGUACUGCAUGCUACAGUACAACAACCUGCUCACCAAUGGGCAAAUCUGUUUGCGAAGAAUCGAUCAAUGGAGAAUGAUAUGACCCUAUCUUAUAUUGCUCCUCAAUUAGUAAAUGGCAAAGUAGUGAUUCAACUGGAAAAGGAGGAAGUGGAUCGUGAAACUGAAAAAUGGAAAGGAGCCCUAAUUGCUUAUGUAAUUGGGGAUUGCCCAGGGUAUAAUGCUAUGCGCAUGAUAGCAAGUGCUAUUGGGAUACCAAUGUAUGCUGAUGAGUGCACAGCCAAACAAAUGUGUGUUUCCUUUGCUCGAAUACUAGUGGAAGUCAAUGUGACAAAGCCAUUGCCAGAUGAAAUUGAAGUAAUGGAUCCUAGUGGCAGAGUGCAGAGAAGGAAUGAAGAGCAACCAGCCAAACAAGGAGGAUCCAAGAAGACUGUACAAACAUGGGUAACAAAAGAACAAACAACAGAACAACAAAUUAGCAAUAGCACAGGAACAGAACAGGGGAAAAGGAAAGAGGCCAGGAAUACAGAUACUAUUGACAAACACACAAAAGUUGCAGAGAUACAGGCAACUGUUGUACUGCAGAAUGGUUUUGAUGUGUUGAAUAGAGGUUAUGGUGGAUCCCAAUCAGCACCUCCUGACAAAGGAGGUGGAGCCAGAAUAACAGAAACUAAAGUCAAAGAACAUAAAGUAGCAACUGUUGCAGCAGUUGUGGCUCCCAAAUGGCGAUUUCACAACAAUUAUCUUAGUGCACCUAAUGGGAGAAUUUGGUUAUUAUGGGAUAUCAGCUUAUAUACAGUAGAUAAGUUGAGAGAGGAUGCUCAAUUACUACACUGUCAAGUUACUAUAGUAGCAUCAGAUAAGCCAUGUGUUAUAACUGUCAUCUAUGGAUAUAACACAUGUGAGCAAAGGAAAAAUAUGUGGGAAACACUUAAAGUACUUGCUCAAAGAAUAAAUAUGCCAUGGUUAAUUAUUGGAGACUUUAAUGCAAUGCUAUAUCCACAGGAUAGACUAUAUGGGAAUCCAGUGCAGUAUGGAGAGAUCAAAGAUUUCAAUGACUGUAUCCAUGAUUUAUUGCUUAAUGAAGUAAGGUGGACUGGUGAAUACUACACAUGGACUAACAAGCAGCAAACCAAUGAUAGAAUAUGUAGCAGACUUGACAGGGCUUUUGGAAACCAUUACUAG